AUGGAGCAUUUCAGAUGGGUCUCUGAGCAGGUCAGUCAUCAUCCGCCGGUCAGUGCCUUCCACGCCGAGGGCAUAAAGAGCGACUUCAGGUUUCAUGGCUCCAUUUAUCCGAAACUGAAAUUCUGGGGAAAGAGUGUGGAGGCCGAACCGCGUGGAAUCAUCACCUUAGAGCUUCCUCUCCACAAUGAAGCCUACACCUGGACCAACCCGACCUGCUGUGUUCAUAACAUUAUCAUGGGACAACUGUGGAUUGAGCAAUAUGGAAAUGUUGAAAUUAUUAAUCAUAAAACUGGGGAAAGAUGUUGUUUGACUUUCAAACCGUGUGGAAUAUUUGGAAAAGAGUUGCAUAAAGUGGAAGGAUACAUACUUGAUAAAAGUAAAAGAAAGAUCUGUGCUCUGUAUGGCAAGUGGACGGAGUGCUUGUAUGCUGUGGAUCCAGCGAUAUUUGAUGCUCACAGAAAAUCUGACACAAAGCGCUCUGAGAAGGACAGGAAGGGAAGCACACAGAGUAAUAAUGCGGAUGAAAUGCCUCCUCCAGAAGCCGAGACCGUGCAGGUGAUUCCAGGAAGUGAGCUGAUCUGGAGGAUAUCACCGCGACCAGACAACUCCGGGAAAGUAUGCGGAAUAUUUCAGCAUUUAUCGUCACACACUCUUGUUCUAAUGAUGUGAUUCAUUACCAAACAUGAUAUAAUUAUCAUUUUAGCAUUAAAUAUCAUUUGGGCUGGAGAUGCCAAGUAUGCCAAGCAGUAGCCAAGUAUGUGGAAGUGACUGCAGUGAUCGCUAAUAAUGUAACAUUUUACUGAAUUAGAAUCUGAACUCCAAAUCAUUUUCGGAAUUAGAAUCAGUUAGUGCCUCUGAUUCCUUGAGAUUGAUUUCUAGUUUGAGGGCCCUAUUAGAGGGGUUUUGUAUUGCCUAUGGCACACACAUAUAUAUUUAAGUGUAAAUUAACAUUUGAUC